AUGCCAACGACAGACACACAAACGCACGCGUGUUUCGUUCUGCAUCAGGAGUACGCUCGCACGCAGAGUGCGAGGCUCGACGCCGGGGGCGCCUUCUCGUACGGCCUGGUUAAGGACACGAAGGAGGUAAUCAAGUGGGGUCCGACCGAAGGCGAUCCGGCCACUAUCGUGAUGAGCAUCCCCGUCGAGCCCCUGACGGGCUUCCGGUCUAUCAAUACCUUCAGCGUGACUGGAUGGGAGCGUGCUUGCUCGUGUUAG